AUGGCGGAAGGUGAGGAUAUUCAGCCUCUUGUGUGUGACAAUGGAACAGGAAUGGUUAAGGCUGGCUUUGCUGGAGAUGAUGCUCCAAGGGCCGUCUUUCCCAGCAUUGUGGGACGACCUCGACACACUGGUGUAAUGGUUGGCAUGGGCCAAAAGGAUGCUUAUGUUGGAGAUGAGGCUCAAUCAAAGAGAGGUAUUUUGACAUUGAAGUACCCAAUUGAGCAUGGAAUUGUUAGCAAUUGGGACGAUAUGGAGAAAAUUUGGCAUCAUACAUUCUAUAACGAACUUCGCGUGGCUCCAGAAGAGCAUCCAAUUCUAUUGACCGAAGCUCCUCUCAAUCCCAAGGCCAAUCGUGAAAAAAUGACUCAAAUCAUGUUCGAGACAUUUAACACCCCUGCCAUGUAUGUUGCCAUCCAGGCCGUUCUUUCCCUAUAUGCCAGUGGUCGUACAACGGGAAUUGUUCUCGACUCUGGGGAUGGUGUAAGCCACACAGUCCCUAUCUAUGAAGGUUAUGCCCUUCCGCAUGCGAUCCUGCGUCUCGAUCUGGCGGGGCGUGACCUCACUGAUAACCUCAUGAAGAUACUGACUGAGAGAGGCUACUCUUUCACCACAUCAGCAGAGCGUGAAAUAGUAAGGGACAUAAAAGAGAAGUUAGCCUACAUUGCUCUUGAUUACGAACAAGAAUUGGAAACAGCAAAGACGAGCUCAUCUGUGGAGAAGAACUAUGAACUGCCUGGACAGAUGGAUCAGCUCGUAGCACUGGUCGAUGAGGAUGUUGAGAAGGUGAAAUUGCGGAAAAGACAUGUCAAGACUGAACUCUGGCCACUUGAGGUGAAGGAAAUGGAGAGACAGGAUUGUAUGAGAAAUAGAAUGCUGAAAGCUAUUUCAGGGAUAGCCGAUGGUAAACCUGUAUAA